UCACCCUCAUGAACCUCACUUACCGCAAUACUUUCUCCAAGUUGGUGGUUGCUUUGUUUUUUUCUAGGUGUACAAAUUAGACCAGCGAUGCCAAAAACCAUUUCUACUUCAAAUAACAUUUGUGUUGUGUGUUGACAUGUUGCGCAUCGACCCUUUUGCUAUAUAUGUGGUUCUUGAUAAUAUUGCUUAGAGAUUAGUUUCUUGAUCGUGUUUUCAUCAAAAGGGUAGUCUUCAAAUUUCGAGAAAGCCCUCACCAACUUUUACUUCAUUACCAUUUCUCUUGUCAUUUGAGCAAGGAUAUUAUUUUUUGUUGAUAUGGGUAGUCUUCCAAUCUCCGAGAAUACAACCAUGAUUUGUGCUCCAUUAAUGGUUGAAUCUGCGGAGCAAAUGGUGAGCGAUAUGGACAGGGCCAAGGCAGAAGGUGCAGAUAUAGUUGAGUUGAGGUUGGACUUCAUUCGCAACUUUCAGCCUCGCCGAGACCUUGAAAUCAUCCUCAAAAACAAGCCAUUGCCAGUGCUCAUUGUCUACCGGCCAAAAUGGGCAGGUGGUCAGUAUGAAGGUGAUGAGCAAAAAAGAUUGGAAGCACUUCAUAUAGCCGAAGAACUAGGAGCUGAUUAUGUUGAUUUUGAACUCAAGGUGGCUUCUGAUUUUAAAGAGAAAUGGCAAAUGAGACAUCAGAGUGAUACAAAAUUUGUCGUAUCACAUUACUUAGGCGGCAUAACUCCUUCAAUUGAAGAUCUCAACCAUCUUGUAGCACGCAUGGAAGCCACUGGAGCAGAUUUCGUUAAACUAAUUGCCAGCGUAACUGAUAUUACUGAAAUAGCCAGAAUAUUUCAGUUGAUUUCACACUGCCAGGUUCCAACAAUUGCAUACUCUGUUGGGGAAAGAGGCUUCAUGAGCCAGAUUUUGUCUCCAAAAUAUGGUGUCGAUUUAGUCUAUGGAUCUUUAGCGGGGAAUCCGGAUCCUGGUCUACCUACAAUAGAAAGCCUGGUACAAACUUAUAAUGUGAAGCAUAUAGAUGCAGAUACUACAGUUUUUGGGCUCAUUUCGAAACCAGUUAGCCACAGCAAAGGUCCAUUAUUGCAUAAUCCCACUUUCAGAUAUGUGAAUUUCAACGGAAUAUAUGUCCCCAUGUUUGUUGAUGAUCUCAAAUCAUUCUUUUGCACCUACUCACGUGCUGACUUUGCUGGUUUUAGUGUUGGGUUUCCAUACAAGGAAGCCGUGACUGAGUUCUGCGAUGAACUCCAUCCUCCUGCUCAGUCUAUAGGUGCGGUCAAUACCAUUAUAAGGAGGCCUAGCGAUGGGAAGUUAAUUGGUUAUAAUACAGAUUGUGAGGCUUCAAUAACUGCAAUUGAAGAUGCCAUUAAAGAAAAGGAAUCCUCUAAUGGCAAAACGUCUUUUGGCUCUCCACUUGCUGGGAAAUUAUUCGUACUAGCAGGCGCUGGAGGUGCAGGGAGAGCACUGGCCUUUGGUGCAAAGAGUAGAGGAGCCCGGAUAGUCAUUUUUGACAUUGAUUUUGACAGAGCAAAGUCUCUUGCAAGUGCUGUCUUGGGUGAAGCUCGGCUUUUGAAAGAUAUAGCCAAUUUCCGGCCAGAGAAAGGGGCAAUUCUUGCAAAUGCUACACCGUUAGGAAUGCACCCAAAUACUGAUCGAAUUCCUGUGGCUGAGGAAACAUUGCAAGAUUACCAGCUUGUGUUCGAUGCCGUUUAUAUUCCUAGAAAAACCAGGUUACUAAAAGAUGCUGAAGCUGCAGGAGCAAUCACAGUCAGUGGAGUUGAAAUGUUCCUGCGACAGGCCAUCGGUCAAUUCAACCUCUUCACUAACGGAGAAGCUCCAAAGGAGUUCAUGCGAGAGAUUGUUUUUGCUAAGUUCUGAUGUAUAAUUUAUACACAUUGUCAUUGUAACCUGCAUUAUGAUUAUUAUUAUUAUUAUUAUUCUCUCAUUGGUUAAACCAAUUGAUAUUGCAUAAACAGCUGAUAAGACAAAGCUGAGAAGAUUGAUAAUCUAGUUAAGCAAACUUGAUUGAAAUGCCUAGUAGCUUUACUGUCGGGUGUCUAAUCAGUUCAUCACAUAAAUGGGCUGGGGUGGGCUAAACAUUGGGCUCAAGUUCAGCAUAGAAAUGUUAUGGUUGAUCUAUUGGUGCAACUGUCAAAAAGUCAGUGAAAAGACAGGCCCAAAAUGCAUUAUAAUGUGGGACUUCAUAACAAAGAGGGAAUUGUAACUGUAUUUUUCUAUCAGCAAUUCAGCAUAAACCAACAAAGAUUGUAGAGGAUCAUAUUAUGGCAAGUGACCUCAAACAUAUAAUUGAGAUUCCCUCUUGCUAAGCAUGUGGGUAUUGUUUGUCCACGUUUCUGGAUUGGAAUCUCCAAAAUUAUGCAGAAUUUACCACCAAACUGAGCCUGUAAACCAUCAAACAUCUCUUGUUUAUCCACACAAGACAAUAUAUAAUAAUUUAGA